UGAACUUUUAGCAAAGUUCCCACAGAUCCACUGACUUUUGGAUCGUGGAAGAGAUCACAGCAUUACUACCAACAUGGAGGAUUAUUGAUCAUAAAUGAGUGAAAAAGGAAAAACCUGGACGUCGCAUGAGGAAGAAGAUGGUCUGCAGGAUUCUUCUACUCAUCACUGUGACCUCCUUCAGCAUCUAUGCCCAUGAAGUCCAUCACACUCAGAAGAAUAUAAGCUUCUCACAGGGUUUCAACCAGCAACAGGCACUUUUCGUGAAUGUGACUCAGGAUGUUUACCAGGCAGAGGAGAACGACAACGUCACACUGGAGUGGACCUUCACGACAGGAAGCAACACGUCAAUGGAAUCACUUCAAAUUCUCUGCAAACUCUUAAGCGACGACUUGGACUCUGUCCUGUAUCACGUCCGUGAUGGUGUGGAGGUCCCUGAGUCCCAGGAUGGACGUUUUGAGGGACGAAUUGAGAGUGACAUUGAUGCUCUCAGAGAAGGACUGCUCAGCCUUCAGCUAUUCCAACUUGUACCAGAGGACUCAGGCUUUUAUCGAUGUGACAUUCGCAGCAGCUACGGGAGUGACUUUGGAAUUGGAUACCUCAAUGUGACUGCAAUAGUGAGCCCAUUACCCGACAUCCUGGGGGAAAACGGCCUCUACAUUGGACUGCUGGUGACAGCCGGGGUUGUGGCUGCUGCCGUGUCUGCUGUCGUUCUCUCGUAUAUAGGUGCCUGAAAAGCUGAGAGACUCCAUGUAUUAACUGAGAAAUUCUUUUUUACUGUGAUGUGCCUCUUUGCUGGAACUCAUUGCUUAAUAUUGAACCCCACGCCGAAGCAUUCUGGACUCUUUCAUGACACUUUCAGUUCAUUUUAAGUUGUUCAAGCAAGUUUUUAAUUUAAACGUGAGAGUGACUUUUUAUACA